AUGUCUGUUGCGGGGAGGAAUAAAUCGCUUCCUGCUGCGCGCAAUGCGGGCGGCACAGUCCCGAACGUCAGCUUGGGGGAAGGAAACACCAUAACCGGAGGGACAGUAAUCGGAGGAGAUCAUAUCAUCUAUAAUAUCCAUCCCCACGCCGAACGUCGAAACUCGACCGAAGAUCGUGAUUCCCUGAUAUCCGAUAUUACGACUUAUUUCGAUCUCAAGUCGAACUCGAGAGCAAUUCACAUCGACGUGAGGAAGAAACGGAUCCCUGCGACCGGAAACUGGUUCGUCAACAGCAAGGAGUAUCAAGAAUGGAAAGCCACAAAGGGUGCUGUUCUCUGUGCUACCGGAAUCCCUGGUGCUGGGAAGACAGUUUUAAUGUCGCGGGUGGUCGAUGACCUCCUACCACUUGAGGAAUCUGUUGACCACAAGAUCUGCGUGCUGUACAUCUACAACCGUUACAAUGAAGCUCUCUCGAUUGGCGACAUUCUGAAAUGGUUCAUUCUCCAAAUUCUUCAACGUCACAGCCGUGACCUCGUGGACUUCGUCAAGCCCCUUUAUCGACGUGGUCGACUCGAGAGAACCAGCCCCUCUGACGAAGAUCUUAUGAACAUGCUCCUCAGGCUGGAGGGUCAUUUUGAUCGCAUCUACUACGUCGUCGACGGUGUAGACGAAGUCGAUCGCAAGUACCAGUUCGACCUGAUUCUGGCCUUGGGACAGCUACAGGGGAACUUGAUCUUCGCGUCCCGCCCACUGGAGGACCUGCGGACGGAGUUGAGGAACGCCAAGUAUGUGAACUUGUUGGCGCAGGACGAAGACCUCCGACUGCUCAUCGAUGACCGGCUGAGACGGUACAAGGGCCUACGUCGGGUUUUGGAGAGUCACCUGUAUCGGGAGGAGGUCAUUGCGAUGAUAGCUGAGAAGGCGGCUGGAAUGUUUCUCCACGCAGCUUUGCAAAUCGAGGCCUUACGCAGCUGUUUGUCACUGGCUGCCGUAGAAGCGAAGCUCGAACAGUUUCCCGCAGGAAUAGAGGGGAUGUACGCUGCUAGCAUCGCUCGGAUCGAGAACCAGGACCCGGAACUCGUGGUGAUAGCCAAGCAAGCCGCGCUGGGUGUAAACCCGGAAACCUUCAGCGUUGAGAAGUCGCUUAUGCCGGACAAAGACUCGAUCGUUGACCUCUGCUGUGGUCUCGUCGAGGUGGACACGGAAAGUGACGUCGUUCGACUUGUUCAUUUGACAGCUAGAGACGCACUUGAACCAUUUCUGCUCAAGGACUUUCCCCAACCCCACCUCUUCAUCAGCAAAGUGUUGGCGCAGCGCAUGGCCGACAACAAUCUCCCUCGUUAUACCAUCGUAGAGCGCGAAGACUUUGUCGCCCACAUUCGAAAAGAACCUCUGCUGGGUUACGCCUACCACCAUUGGGGCACCCAUGUUCUGGAGUGUGGAGAUGGACCCGAAGCUGUCGACACUGCAAUGGCCUUUCUAAGGCAGUGCAGCUCAUUCCCCCGCCUCACAUGGAACGGCUUGGACCUACUGAAGCCCCUCCACGUCGCUGCCAACUAUGGCAUGUCGAUAUACUUGUCCCAUGCCUUUGCACCCCGCCAAACCUUGUCCGAGAGUAGCCGCCAGCCAGCUGAACAAGCCUUCAACAGUAUUGGAGUCAAUGCAACAACGAUGCUAGGUUCCACAGCACUAACAAUAGCAUCCACUGAUGGUCAUGUCGAUUUCGUGAAAAGGAUUCUUACAAUUCACAGCAUUAAUGCCAAUGCGAGGGACAGAGACGGUAGCACGGCGUUACUCCUAGCGUCAUUGUUGGGACGUGGUGAGGUCGUCAAGGAGCUCCUCCAGGUCUAUGGAAUCGAUGUCAACGCUGCGGACAACGAGGGGUGGACUGCACUCAUGCUAGCCUCGGAAGAAGGCCACGACGGAGUGGUCAGGCAGCUCCUCCAGUUCCAUGGCAUCGACGUCAACGCUGCGGCCAACGACGGGGGGACUGCGCUCGUCGUGGCCUCUCAAAACGGCCACGAUGGAGUGGUCAAGGAGCUCCUCCAGGUCCAUGGUAUCAACGUCGACGCUGCGAAGAACAACGGGUGGACUGCACUCAUGGUAGCCUCGCAAAACGGUCACGAUGGAGUGGUCAGGAAGCUCCUCCAGGUCCACGGCAUCGACGUCAAUGCUACACUCAACGACGGGCGGACUGCACUCAUGGUAGCCUCACAAUACGGUCGCGAUGGAGUGGUCAGGCAGCUGCUCCAGGUCUAUGGCAUCGAUGUCAACGCCGCGGACGACGAGGGGUGGACUGCACUCAUGCUAGCCUCGGAAGAUGGCCACGAUGGAGUGGUCAGGCAGCUCCUCCAGGUUCAUGACAUCAACGUCAACGCUGCGGACGACGAGGGGUGGACUGCACUCAUGCUGGCCUCGCAACACGGCCACGAUGGAGUGGUCAACCAGCUCCUCCAGGUUCAUGGCAUCGAUGUCGACGCUGCGGCCAACGACGGGUGGAGUGCGCUCAUGGUAGCUGCGGAAAAUGGCCACGAUGGAGUGGUCAAGGAACUCCUCCAGGUCCAUGGCAUCAACGUCGACGCUGCGAAGAACGACGGAUGGACUGCACUCAUGUGCGCCUCGCGAAACGGCCACGGAGACAUAGUCAGACUGUUGCUUGAAUACGGAGUUGACACGAAUACAGCCGACAACAAUUGCGAUACUACCUUGAUCGUGGCGUCCGCUAAAGGUCAUGAAGCCGUCGUAGCGCAGCUCCUCGAGUGUCCAGGGAUUGACGUUGAAGCUGCCAACAAAGCUGGAGACACAGCUCUAUCUACAGCACAGACGCAAGGCUACGCGAGUAUCAUGGAACUCUUAACUAACUUCAUACAAAGCCGGUCAAUUCGCGACAACACCAGCAAGGGGGAGAAAAGGCGGCUCGGGACUCCUCUGGAUGACUCUGGUAGACCAACCAAGAGAGCUCGCUCAUAG